AUGAUAGAUUUAAGUUUAAGCUAAGUUGAUUUUGAGGAUUAGAAAUUAAGCAACUUAAUUUGUUAGUAUCAUAAAAGAAAGGUUACCGCAUUUUGUAUCCAACAAGAUUGCCAUUAAAAUGAUAGAUUUGCAUGUUUUUAAUGCUUAUCUAGCAGGGAGCAUUCUAAUCAUUAGUUCAUUGACUCUGAAGAUGUCGUUUCUAUUUUGAAGCAAGGUCUCCCAAGUUUUAAAAAUUAAAUUAUAUAAAACUUUGAACAACUCAGCAAGAGCAUUGUAUCUUUGUUUUAAAACAAAGUAAAGAAUUUUAUUAAUUAAAAAGCAGAUACAUUUGCAUAGCGUUUUGAGCGUUGCUUCUCAUUAAAUAUUUCUGAAAGAGAUUAGAAACUCUCUGAAUAAUUGCUUGAGUUAUACAAAUUAAUAUACAAGUAAAAUGGGAAUUAUUUAUUAGAUAUUUGCUAAAGCAUGGGUUAAACUCUAUAUUCCUCUAUAUAAAAAUAACUUGAAACAAUAAUGAAAAAAAUAAAUGAUUAUGAAUUUGAUAAAGAACUUUAAAGAUUUGAAAUAGAAAACUAGGUAAUUCAUAAUCUUACUAAAGAAGCAUUAGAAGCUUAUUAGAAAUACAAAAAUGAAAAUAUUUUUGAUGAUCUAAAUAAAGAAAAUAAUAAUGACUCAAGGCUUUAUUUGGUAAACGAUAGAGACUUUUAUACUGUAUCUUAAUUUAACAUAGAAGGAUAAAGGCAUGGUAGAACAAUUGAAAUUCCUUCUUAAGGCCAUUAUUUUAAAGGUUAUUUAAGCAAUGGUUUAAGAAACGGAAAAGGGCUCUAUAUUUAUUAGGAUGGUACAGUAUAUUUAGGGAUUUUUAAAAAUAAUUAAAAAGAUGGUAGUGGUAAGUUAAUAAAUCGAGAUGGCUACAUUUAUAGCGGAGAAUGGAAGGAAGAUUAAAAGAAUGGGGUAGGAGAAGAAAAAUUUAACGAUGACUGGGUUUUUGAAGGGUUCUUUGAAAAUAAUUAAAGAAAUGGGCCAGGUUAAGAAACAAAUAAAAAAUUAGGUUUAGUUAUUCAAGCAAUAUAUGAGAAAGGCGAGAUAGUUAACACUAUUUCAUAAUUAUAAAUAUAAUAAUAGUUAUAACAACCAUAGUGA